AUGGCUGGCGGUGUGAAGAAGCCCGUCAACAUCUUCCGGCUGAAGAACCUUGGGCUUCCCAAGGAGGUUUUCAACUGGCGCCUGUGGUUCUCCGUCUUCUCUUUCGGUCUCCUCGGCGCAGCUCGAGGUGUCGACGAGGGCCUGAUCAGCGGCGCGUUCAACUCCAAAGACUUCCAGAACUCAAUUCACUAUCAUGACUACGAUGAGGUCGCACAGGCCAACAUCAAGGCCAAUGUCUCGGCAAUGGUUCAGAUUGGUUCCGUCGGUGGUGCUCUUUUCGCCUUCGUCAUAGCGGAUCGUAUUGGUCGUAUCUGGGCUACUCGUGUUCUCUGCAUCUUCUGGGUCGUCGGCAUUUCCAUGUUCAUGGGCAACAAUGGCAACCUGGGUCUUAUCUACGCUGGCCGCUUCAUUGCAGGCCUGGGCGUUGGGCAAACACCCGUUGUUGGACCAGUGUACAUCGCUGAGAUCGCCCCGGCGCCCAUCCGAGGCCUCUGCACCUGCAUAUUCACUGGCUUUGUCUACCUCGGUAUUGUUCUCGCCUAUUUCGCCAACUACGGAUGCCAGAUCAACCUCGGCGACACCACUCACGCCCGGUGGCUGGUGCCUACCAGCGUGCAUCUCAUGUUCGCUACCCUCAUCUUCUUCUUGACGUUCCUUCAGUACGAGUCGCCUCGCUUCCUCAUCAAGCAGGGCAAAGAUGACAAGGCUAGUGAGAACAUGUCGAAGCUGCGCAUGCUCCCUCCUGACCACCCUUACGUCGCUGAGGAAAUUGCCGCCAUCACCAUGCAGCACCACGAAGAGAUGGAGGCUACGAAGGGCACUACUUUCUGGGGAAUGAUCAAGGAGCUGCUGUUCAUCCCAUCCAACCUGUACAGGUUCUACCUGGCCAUUGGCGCUCAACUCAUGAGCCAGUGGAGCGGCGCCGGAUCAAUCACCCUCUACGCACCGGACCUGUUCGAGCUGAUGGGCAUCACGGGCACCAACGAGUCUCUGCUCGUCACCGCCGUCUUCGGAAUCGUCAAGCUCGUUGCCGCCGUGGGAUGCGCCCUCUUCCUGGUCGACGUUAUCGGCCGCAAGCGGUCGCUGCUCCUCGGAAUCACACUGCAGGCCAUCGCCAUGAUCUACGUGGCCGGCUUCCUGACCGGGGUCCCGGAGCUAGGCCAAGUCGACGACUACGAGUUGACGCCCAGCGAGAAGGGCCCGUCAACGGGCGCCAUCUUCAUGAUCUACCUGUCGGGCUUCGGCUGGGCCCUGGGCUGGAACUCGAUGCAGUACCUGCUCACGGCCGAGCUUUUCCCUUUGCGCAUCCGCGCCCUGGCCACCUCCAUCGCCAUGACGGCCCACUUCGCCAACCAGUAUGGCAACUCGCGCGCCCUGCCCAACAUGCUGCUGCCGACCAGCUCCGGCGGCAUCUCGCCCGCCGGCACGUUCUGGUGCUUCGCGGCCGUGACCAUCGUCGGCGGUUUCUGGGUCUGGUUCUUCGUGCCCGAGACUGCGGGCCGAAGCCUCGAGAGCAUGGACCGCUUGUUCACCCUGCCCUGGUACAAGAUCGGGCUCAACGGAAACAAGGAUGCCGAGGAGCUCGAUGUGGUCUAUGACAAGAAGGUCGAGGAGGCGGGGGUAUCUCAAGCAGCUCAUGUUGAGAAGAGCGAGGACAGGGUUUGA